GGGGGGGCGCCGCUCCGCUCCGCUCCGCUCCGCUCCGCCGUCAUUGGCGGCACCGGCGGCGCUGGGGCGCGGGGCGGGGAGGGAGCGCUCCCCCGCAGAGCCGCUGCUGCUGCCGGGCCCGGCCAUGUGCCGAGAGGAGGGUGUCUGCUGCCGGCUCGCUUGCUCCGCACCGUGAGCUGGCGUCCGUCUUUUUAACCUUUUUUUUUUUUUUUAUUCUAAUUUUUUUUUAAUUUUUUUUUUUUUUUUUUUUUUUGCAUUGAUGCUCUCCGAGCUGGAGACUUCGGGAGACGCGGUCCUCACCUGAGAGAUCCAGCACAAUUCCCCCGUUUGAAGGCUGUUAAUGGAGAAGAGGGCGGAUGACAGCCGGGACCGUGGUCAUCACAGGUGGAAUAUUAGCGACUGUCAUUUUGCUUUGUAUCAUCGCCGUCCUCUGCUACUGUAGGCUCCAGUACUACUGCUGCAAGAAGGAUGAGUCCGAGGAGGACGAGGAGGAGCCCGACUUCGCCGUGCACUCCCACAUCCCGCCGCUCCACUGCAACCGCAACGUAGUGCUGACCAACGGCCCGUCCCUCUACGCCUCGUCCCCCUUCGGCAAAAAAACGGCAUCGAGCCGGCCCAGCUGCCCGGGCUGCGCGCCGUACGAGCCCCCCACCUUCUUCUUGCAGGAGCCCCCCGAGGAGCUGCACAACGGGGGCGACCGGGUGAGCUACAAGACGGUGAGCCAGGAAGAUCUGGAUCUGCCGGUGAGCGUGGCCAACUUGCAGGCGCUCAACCCCAACCGGCUCUCGGCCAUGCGGGAAGCCUUCUCCCGUAGCCGCAGCAUAAGCACCGAUGUGUGAGGUGCUGGCUGCCCGCCCAGCCCGGAGCAUCACAUCACACCUCGCCGCUGCCGCCGGGGCUUUUAACAGCAGGGAGAACUUUUUGAAAUUCAUGGAAGAGUUUUGAAAAAGAAGAAAAAAAAAAAAAAAGAAUGUAUUUCUACGUUCUGUAGGUAGAGACGUGCUAAAUGGCAAUAUAAAGGGGUAGCAAAGAAAACAAACCCAAAAGGGGAGCACGGGGGAGGACGGUUGCAGCUGGGACGCGAGGUUUUCUAGCGCUGCGUUGCAUUUUUUUUUCCUUUUAUAAAGAGGAUUUUGAUAUUGCGCAUCCUUUUAUACAGAGUAAAAGCCCCUCCUCGACAUUCGGCUGAUGACGAGCGAGUAAUGGGGCACACAGUCGGCUGCAAAAUGGCUCGUGCUGCAAGGCAGCAGGCAUCUGCUGCCGUGUCGUGGGGGCACGCUGCAGCUGACUGCUCCUGGCCCUAGUGCACACACACACACACACAUAUAUAGCAAAGCAGGGCUGCUAUUGCCCACCCUUGUGCCACCCCUCCGUACUGCAGCCGUACGUGUGUGUGUAUGUGCGCGUACAGCCCUGCCCUAUUCCCAGGCCAUCUCACUCCUCAACUUGGUCCUUUAUUCCUGGGUGACAGGCGCAAUUCCCUCAGGGUGAGGAUGGCCGGUGGGUGCACAGCCUGUCCCUACCGCUGGAACACCCGGCGCUGCCCCGUUGACCCCCCGAUGGAGCCAGGCUGGGAGGGUUUGCAAACCCAUUGCAUUACCUGCCUGUGGAAAUAGCACACAGCGCAAUUUCAGAUGGAGGAACACACCCGUAACCAUCCCAUCCGAAUAAUCAGCAUCCUCUUUUCAAAUAAUGCCAUAUGCGACUUCUGAUUGAGGGCUGGGCGAGCAAGAGCGUGACCGUCUAUGUGCCCACCCCCCUGCAUGCACAUUUUUACAUGCAUUGGGUUGUGGUUUUUGUUU